GCCCCAGGCUGGGCCACCCAUCCCAAGUAGCCUAUGCCCUUUGCCUCAGAGGCUGAAGGGAGGUCACAGGGGAGGAGAGGCCAACCCAGGCCUUGUCUGGAGUCGCCUUGUCUAUGCCCUUUCUGACUUACAGACUGGGAGCACCUGCCUCAGGGAUCCCGCCAGAGACUGUGCUCCUCCGUCUGAACCGUGGUCACCACAAAAUGCUGCUUUACUAUUUUUCAGGGAGCAUCGGAGUCCUCGCUGGUGCGCGGCUGGUCCUGGUGUCUGAAAUCAUGGGCCCUGCUUCCUGCGCUGUAAGCAGGCACUGACUCCAACUCAACCUGCGGUGACAGCACUGUCCCCCUAUUUUCUAGUGUUAUUCAUCCAUUGCUUUUAGAACAAGUGGUCAGGAAACUUGGGCUGCUUUCUGUUAGCUUCAGACCUAUCCAGAACGGAAAGAUGGUUUCACAGAAGGAUGGGUAGAGGGAUGACUGGAUCAGUGGGUGGGUGCAUGGGUGGACAGAUGAUGGAUGGAUGGAUGGGAGCCUAGGAGGUCGACUGAAGAUGGAGGAGGGACCCCUUUCCCCCUUCCCACCACCUGUCUGCUACCCCGCAGCGCAGCCUCCCCCAGAGCCCUGAAGGAGGGACUGGUGGCGAGGCGGUGGGAGAGGGGAGCUGGGGAAGGAGAGUGGAGAGGAGGAGGGCCUUGGAGGCGAAGAGGAGGGGCGGCGGGCUCCCGGGGAGCCUGGGGCUGGCGCGGCUCGGCUCGGCGGUUAGGGGACCGAUGUCGCUGCCGCCGCCUCCUCCUCUUCGCGGGCCGGAGCUGCGUCUCCCCGGCUGAGCCGCAGCCGCAGCCGCAGCCGCAGCCUCAACCCGAGCGGCCACCGGGCUCGCCCGCCACACGGGAGGAUGGGCUGCGGCGGGAGCCGGGCCGACGCCAUCGAGCCGCGCUACUACGAGAGCUGGACCCGGGAGACCGAGUCCACCUGGCUCACCUACACCGACUCGGACGCGCUGCCCAGCGCCGCGGCCGCGGACAGCGGCCCCGAGGCCGGCGGCCUGCACGCGGGCUAAAAGGGAUGCUAAGCGGAUGUCUGCCAGAGAAGUCUCUAUUAAUGUUACAGAGAACAUCCGACAGAUGGACAGAAGUAAAAGAAUCGCAAAAAACUGCAUCAAUUAGCAGUGCCUGGAUGUAGAAGCAGAUGAACUUCUUUGUGGAGUCCAGUCAAAGAAUCCUGAGGAAGUGGGUGCCACUUGCUAAUCCUGGAUGCCUCUGUGCAUCUUGAGAGAUGGCUUGACCCGGCAACACACCUAAGCUGUGAGGACCUUCUUAGCUUCCUGUUUAUCACAUACAGAAAAUGUAUUGAAAAGUCCUGAAAUGUUCACGGAUUGCCGAACUACGGUUUGUCUGUUUUUUCCCUCUGCAGCUUCUGUAGCAUGGUCUGCUGUGGCCGUGGCGAGUGGUUACAUGGGUCAGUGAAUGACACAGAAAGGCAGGCGUGGUAGAUUUGCUGGAACAAGGAUCACACAUCAGUGUAAGGCUUUCACAGGAAAGCCCACUCUUCCCUCCUUUCUUUUCAAACACAGCCAUCACAAUCUUUACUGUUUUCACUGAAGAGAUGGCUCCCACCCAGCCCUAGACCCAGAAAUAUAAGAACCGGAGGAACAUAAAAACUCGGAGUAAGAUAGAUCAGUGCCAGCGUCACAGGCUAACUCCACCAGAGCCUCUGGAGUAUCCUUGAGGGGUGUCUGUGACACACGCAGACAUGUUCCUCUUCUUCUCGGAAAGACCUCCCAGGCUGGCCUCCAGACACUGACUCCAGAACGAAUGUCUCAUGUCUGUGGCAUUGAUCCUAUCUGCAACUCCCUUUGGGACCUAGCUUUGUGGUUUGAUUUUGUUUUUGUUUUUGUUUUUCGUAGCUUUCUAGUUUCUUUUUAUUCUUGUGGCCUUUGAACCUCCAGUCAGGUAAUUUGCAAUUGUAAUCAACUGGACACCACUCACAGGAGGGAAGUGACCUCAGAACGCGUGACGGCACAUGUGAUGUCCCUUUGGCCUUGCUGUACACAGCCCCAAGGACUAUGCUAUUUUGGUAUCUGCAGAGUAAUUAGUUUAGAAAGGCAGAACCCAGUUGCUGUGUAUUCAUGUUGACAUUAGACUGACAAGGCACUGGAUUGGAAAACAGACAGCCAGCACAGUAAAAUGAUGUUCUGAUAGGAAUCUUCUAGCAUUUUUAAACACAUCUUCUUGCAAAGUAUAACGUAGCAUGAAUCUGAAAGGGCUGCCUGCGUGCUCGGGCUUAGGAAAAGUAGAGUCCAGGUUGUGCCAAACUACCAACAAACUCCGUAUUUAGCAGCAAUAGCAGUCUGAUGACAUAUGACUCAGUCCAAGAGAAGUGACGUAAGCAGGCUUAAAUGCAGAUGCUCGCCCCUUUUUCAGAAAUUAUUUCUCCAACACAAGUAGAACUGUGGACUGUGUAUUUGUUAGUAUUAAACAUUCACUGCCAACCUUGUGCCGGCUAUGGUAACAGCCGGGCGGGAUGUGGAGUCUGGCCAGUCACGGCUGUACCUUCUGACUCCACAGGGCGCCUGAUUCUCAGGAGACUGACGUGGGCCCUCUGGCACAGGGCCAAUUAUUGCAGUGGACUCUCUCUUUUAGGUUAAAGGUAGCGCUCUGUUAAUCACAGAUGUAUGCAUUCGCCUGAUCACUCCUCGCCACGCACACCAGUUUCCCCAAACCUCUCGUCUUGACUCCUUGUCAAAGGGCUUUUAGGGGACUUCAUGUUCUGACAACUUAACUAAUAAAACAAAAGCAAGCCCGGUGACUCCUGUGUCCUCAGUGGCUUCACUCGGCAGGAGUUCUGCCGCAAGGCUGGCAGCCUCCGAUCCUGUGAGUCAAGGGCUUGCUCUCCUGGGCAUGCGCGCUGUGUUGACAUGCUGCUUCCCCAGUUGAUGCGCUAGCAGCCACGCAAGGCCUGACUCUCUUCCCAGCUCUGCGUUUGCCUCAGUUCACUGAUGCACGUUGUUUGGAAUUUACCAUCUGGAGAAGCUGUCUCUGAAUAGACAGCAACACAUUCUCACUUUGAGAAGAGAGGGAACGGAGGAAAGGCCUGUGAUCCAGUCACACCAUUGAAAUUUCCAUCUGGCAACUUUUAAAUGUGUGUUUAAGGCGGGAAUGGAUUCUUACUCUCCUAUCGGGAUAACACUUUCCAUUUCGGAGUUUGAGUCAAUAAAGUCAUUAAUUUCAAACAUA